CGGAACGUACCUACACACGAUGCUGUUCAAUCGGUGAAGAGCGGAGAUAAAACAUUCCGGAUGAUUCCGAAUUCCUUUUUGACGCGAACUUUUUUCCCUGCUUAGCUCUCAUCCUUCCCUCCAUCCUUCUCUACUCAGCCUUUUCUUUUCCUGUUGGCUUUCUAAUUAAAAAAUGGCCGAAACCAAGAAGGUCAAGACUCCCCAGGAUUUCCUCGUGGAUUUCCUGAUGGGUGGUGUUUCUGCUGCCGUUGCCAAGACGUCGGCAGCCCCAAUUGAGCGCAUUAAGCUCUUGGUACAAAAUCAGGAUGAGAUGAUCAAGCAGGGUCGUCUGGCUACUCCCUACAAGGGCGUUGGGGAUGCGUUCGCUCGCACUUACAAGGAAGAAGGCCUUGUCUCACUUUGGAGAGGUAACACUGCCAACGUGAUUCGUUACUUCCCUACGCAGGCCUUGAACUUCGCAUUCAAGGAUUACUUCAAGUCUUUGUUCGGCUUCAAGAAGAACGAGGGCUACUGGAAGUGGUUCGCUGGCAAUGUUGCAUCUGGUGGUGCCGCUGGUGCUUCGUCGCUGCUCUUUGUUUACUCUCUCGACUACGCUCGUACUCGUCUUGCAAAUGAUGCCAAGUCGGCCAAGGGUGGAGGAGCUCGUCAAUUCAAUGGUCUUGUUGAUGUGUACAAGAAGACUCUCGCUUCCGACGGUAUCGCGGGUCUCUACCGUGGUUUCGUUCCUUCAGUCGUCGGUAUCAUUGUCUACCGUGGUCUUUACUUUGGUGUAUACGAUUCGCUUAAGCCCGUUGUUCUCGUUGGUGCUCUUGAGGGCUCGUUCUUGGCUUCCUUCGCUCUUGGUUGGGGUGUUACCAUCGGUGCUGGUCUUGCUUCCUACCCUCUUGACACUAUCCGUCGUCGUAUGAUGAUGACCUCUGGUGCUGGCGUUCACUACAAGUCCAUGUUCGAUGCUGGUUCUCAGAUCGUUGCCAAGGAGGGUAUGAAGUCAUUGUUCAAGGGUGCAGGUGCCAACAUUCUCCGUGGUGUUGCUGGUGCUGGUGUGCUUUCGCUAUAUGACAAGCUCCAGCAAGUCAUGUUCGGCAAGGUCUACUCUGGUGGAUCAGGUUAAACGCCUUGCAUCGCAUAUUUACUCGGGCUUUGGCUCCAUCCUUUCUUUUACGUAUCACGAUUUAUUUCGAUAGACUUUAUUCCAUCUCACUGGGUCCCUCAGUAUGGUCUCUUCUACAUACUCCCACACUAGUAGGCCUUAGUUCAUACCGAAUGCAGAAGACAUUCACGACCAAUAUUUUGAGGCAAGAUCUGGCAUUAAGUCUGUAUUGUUCAUUUCUAACCCCUCACGUGAUCUACCAAGAUAUAAGCUGUUCCGAACUACUACUUGUAUGUUAUGUUUGGCUCUCGGCGUUGGUUUGC